AUGGAGACGCCCCGCGCGGCUCGCUGCCCCGAGCGGCCUCGGGGCCCAAGGGUGCUCCGGCGCCCCCCCGCCUUCGCGCCGACCCCGAGCGGCGGCGGGGCACCCGGCGCCGCCCGCGGCGGCGGCCCCGAGCGCGGCGGGGAGGUGGGCGCCGCGCCGUGCCGGGGCUCCGCGGCGGUGCCAGGCGCGCCCCCGGACGUCGCGGACAUCCCCCGCCCGAGGUUCUGCGGCCAGUGCAGCCCCUCGAGCGAGGGGAGCAUCGGCCACCCGAGGUUCUGCAGGUCGGGGUGCGUGCACGUCCUGGCUGGCACCCGCUGCCCGCGCGGCCCCGAUUGCACGUGGUGCCACGACCCAUCUUGCAAGACGAGGAGGCACCUGGACAAGAGGUCUCGGCAACUGUUCAGGGAGAUGGACGACCUCUCCAAGAUCCGCACGGUCUGGCCUGUUCUGAAGUCGAAGAUGGACGAAGUUGGCCUCGGAGGUGUGGCCACACGGGCCCUGGAGAAGUGGCGCUGUGAUAUCACGAGCAUGCCGGAGUUUGCAGGACAUCCCCAGGAUGUACGUCUGCCGAGCCAACACUGUUUAGAAAGACUGCGCAGGUUCAGGCUGACCGAUUUGUGCGCCUGCCCCAUACUCCCGGAGUGCGUUGCGGAGCGCACGGAGCGUUUGCUAAUGGAGUUGCGGGCGUUCGAGCGUACCCGUAUUUACGCUGAUGAUGGUUUCACCCAUGUCCUUUGCCACGUUGGAAAGUAA